ACUCCAGUUUUGUCAGAACACUGUCCGCUACCUGGGUUAUGAACUCUCUCAGGGCUCACGGAAGUUAACUGCUGAACGAAUACAAGUUAUCAUGGACACUCAGCGGCCUGCCACUAAACAGGCUUUACAGGCCUUCCUCGGCCUCAUCAAAUACUGCCACCACUGGAUCCCAGACUGCUCUCUAUAUGACAAAUGUCUGCGUGCUGCGGUGAAGCAUUCUGAUCCUUCAUCCGCACCUCUCUCAUGGACUUCAGAAAUGCAGGCUGCUUUUGAGGCCUUGAAACGGGCCCUGUGUACAGCUCCUACUCUGGGACUCCCCAACUACAGCCUCCCUUUCCACCUGUAUGUUGCGACUCAGCCAGGAACAGCCUCUGAGAUGCUGGAGCAGGAACGUGGUGGGGGGGGGGGGUUUGCAACCUUUUGCAACCUCGACUCUGUGGCUCAGGGUUUGCUGGCCUGUCUAUGUGCUGUUGCCGCCUGUGCUCUGAUGGUAACUGAUGCUGAAAAGAUCGUUUUAUCUCAUCCUUUGAUCUUACACACCUCACAUCAGCGCAUGCCCUGCAGCGCCUUCUUAAUGCACAGGAUGAUUGUAUGGGUGACUCUGAUCAUGAUUGCCUUACUGAAAUAGUCAAUGCCACUAGCAUUCGCCCUGACCUCUCCUCUGUUCCCCUACAGACAGGUGAUGUCCUCUUUGUAGAUGGCUCUUGCUCCAAACCUAGUGAUGGUGGUUAUCUUUGUGGCUAUGCUGUUUGUCGAUUACCUAACACUGUCCUUGAAUCUUUUUCUCUCCCUUUCUCCUCUGCACAGGCAGCUGAACUCUUCGCUCUCACUCGUGCCUGUGUUCUCGCUGAGGACGCUGACGUCACUAUUUACACUGACUCUCGUUAUGCCUUCGGAGUAGCUCAUGAUUUUGGCCGCAUCUGGCAAUCUCGUGGCUUCACUGCAGCUGACGGCAAGCCUCGUUAGUGCAGGAUUUAAUCACCGCCUGUCAUCUGCCUCGUUCUGUGGCCAUUGUUAAAACUAGGGCGCAUUCCUCUGGUGACACCGAUGAAGUGCGAGGGAACAGUUUUGCUGACCGAAUGGCUAAACAGGCUGCGGCUUCACGCCCACUUCCACCAAAUCUAUCUCCAGCCAUGGUCUCUGUUAACACCAUGAUCAGUGCUGUUCUACCUGACAUGGAUCUCCCUUCGCUGCAGGCUUCAGCUUCGCCUGUUGACCGUGAAUUUUGGACUAGUCAGGGUGCGACUGAUUCCUAUGUUAUUCUAGAUAACAAGGGCCGUGUCUGUCUACCACGACAUUGUACUCCUUUUCUCAUCCGCGAGUUUCAUGGCCCCACUCAUCGCGGACGAAGAGGGGUGUUACAGGACUUAUCUGAGGUUUUUUGUAUUUUCCGCUUACACACAGACGUGAAUAGAAUAUUAGACGGAUGUUUAAUAUGCGCACAGAACAACAUUUCAAGAGGUUUUAUCAGGUUAAAACUUGCCCAAAGCAAAGUGCUAGCACUAAAUGGCAAUGCCAAGAACAAAAGACAAACACACCACACACACACACACACACACACACACACACACACACACACAAAUGCACCAACUGCCGUGUGUGUGAAUAUUCUUGUCCUGUCCAGAGUUCAUUAUGCUGAACAAGCAGACUAAAAUAUUCUCUCUCUCUCUCUCACGCACACACACACACACACACGCACACGCACACACACACACAAAAUGUUUAUUACAUAAUUUAAAAAUGUUAUUUAAUUGACCGAUUAAUGAUUAUGUGCUGAUUAAAACAAAUAUUUAAACAACUUUAUUUGAGGUAACAGGGAGGUGAAUGAUGUUUUAUAAUCACCAACGUUCUCUAACACACACACAAACACACACAAUUAUCAGCACACUUCCUCACACUGGAACAAUAGAGUACAGCGAUAGUGCAGUAGCAACUCCAUCCUGCUGCUCAAUUGAGAUGCUAAUUCAGAGUGUUAGCACGGUUUGUUAAUCUGCAUUGGCAAUGACAGUCAUUGUCUGUGUGUGUGUGUGUGUGUGUGUGUGUGUAUGUGUGUGUAGGCAUCUGGGUAAAUGGCAGUUGGGAGUUCAGCAGUUAUUCACCAUUAAAUGCACUGAUAUCACAGUCUAAUCUAACAUUAAUAACAGGUUUAAUGAUGUAAUCACAAUAUUGUGUUAUCACAAUAUAAACUGUAACACAACAUUUAACUGUAUGUCUUGGACACUCGGGUAAAGAGAGGGGCAGAGCUGUCAACUGAUCACCACCUGCUGGUUAGUUGGGU